AUGUGUGAUUGGACGAAAACGAAAGAUGUGAAAAUAGAGAAACCUUUUUCAUGUACUACAGUGGACGAACAAAAGGAUAUAUACAAUAAUAUUGUGGCGUAUUGGUGUUGGUUAUUGAUGCGCACGGAUAUAAAUCAACAGGGUAUUUUAUAUACAAAGAGUUUGGUACUACAAGAGUAUUGGUGUGAGCAAUUCCCAAUAUUGUUUGAGAAAUGGCAUCAGAUAAUCAACGAAAGCUAUGAAGAAAUACUGCAACGAUUUGGCUGUGAAAUGCUUUUUAAGUCCACCGAUAAUAUCCUUGGGGACGCAACAUUUUACUUUGAUUUAGUUAGAGGUGAAAAUAAUAAUCAUAAAAUUUAUAGCGAUAAUGUUUAUAAAUUACUAGAUUUUGUAUAUAUGUUAUGUGACACCUAUAAAGUGUAUGAUUAUGAUAGUGAUGAAUAAAUUAGUGUAGCUUAUAAAAGUUUGUUGUCCUCGUGUAUAUUUUUUGUAAUAGCCAUGGCUUCAAAGCCUAAGAAACCCUGUGUUGAGAAAAAAUAUUUGCCUGUGAAGGAAUGGGUGGGGAAUAGAGAUACUGAAGGAAUGGAGGGAUGGCAAAGCGGUAUUUGGGUGGACAAGUGUGCGUUCUUUAAUUAUCCUCACUAUUGUAGUCAAGCAGAAAAAAUCGAUGAACAGAAAAUAAAGAUGGAUCGUGAAGAAAAGGCAUUUGUCCGGGCUGUGGUGAAGAACAUUCAAAAGUGA